AUGAGUCAAAAAAGAAUGACAAUCGCUCCAAUUUUUAAAGCUCAAUUACCUAAAAUCAAUUUCUAAUAGGCUAAGAAAGAGUAACUUUUAGUUGAUGAACUAUUACUAACUCAAUAACAUUUUCAUGAUUCCCGGUACAUAACUAUUUAAAUUUUAGUGAGCUUGUCAAUAAUAUUAUUAAUGAAAAAAACAAGGAAGCUGUAAAUUAAUCUUUUUAAGAUCAAUAAGUUAGUUAUUAGGCAAUAAAAUAAAAGCUAGAGCCAACCAAAGAAAUUUUUCAAUAGAAGUAACCUUUAGAAAUUAAUAAAGAAUUAUCACAAAACCAGUUACUAGAUAAGCAAGAUCAAAUUCUAGGAAUAGAGGUUAACAUUCAAUGAUAAUCACUAUAAGAGAUGAUUCAAAUUUUUAAUGGAUGAAUGAUUUAUGCAAGAAAAACUUAAAAACUAAUUUACCUAAACCAGCUAGAAACCCUGUAAAAAUAUAAGAGAAUUUUAGUCGUUUGUCAAAUAGGAAAAAUAUGUCAUUUCAUGAAAAAGUAAAUGAUGAAGAAAUGAAUUUUGAAUUGCAAGGUCUUAAUACUAAUAAAACUUUAAAAAAUUAUUUAACUUGGGAUGAUCCUUAAACACCUACAGAUAUUAUAUAAUAAUUUAAGAAUGAUAAAUCUUAUCAUGCUAAAUGUCCAUUUUAUGAAGGAAAUGGAUAUGUUUGGACAGAAGUCUAAAUUUUAGAUUAUGAUUAGAAUUAAUAGAAAUUUAUAGUUAAAAUUAUGAAGAAUGAUUAAAUUAAAUAUGUAAGUAGAUUAUCCUUGAUGUUGAAAACUGAAAAUGAAACAGAAUUCAAUUUGAGACUUUAAUAAUGCAGAAUAUUAUAGAAAUAGGCUGAAGAAGAAUUAAGAUUCUUUAAAUAUGUAAAUAGUAUACCUGAUUAACUCAUCACUUCAUUACCUAUUUAAACUAAAAUAAACAUAAAGAAGAAAUUAAAAUUAAAUAAAUAAUCAAAUAUAGAUUUUGAAUAAAUUGAAUAUGAAUAUAAGUUAUUUAUGAAGAAAUUUCUUACUCUAUAGAGAAUGAAUUAAAGUGAAUUUAUUACUGAUUUCAUAUAAAAUAGAAUUAAAAUGAGAAAUAUGAAUAGUAUUUUAUAAAAGUUUCCAAAGUUAAAAAAUAUAAAAAAAGAUUUCCAGUAAGUUAAAUAAUAAAUAUCAUAAUCUCCUAUUUUAAAUAAUAAAUAUAUUCUAUAAACUUUUGUAAAAAUCCAAACUAUAAAAGAAUAAUCAUUUGAAUUGUUACCAACAAAUUAUCCUUAUGGACAACUUCCAUUUGUUUUAUCUAAUUUAGAAGCAUAUAAUUAAUAAAUGUAUAAUGUACUUAAAUUAACUAUGUUUAAUAAUUGGAGAACAUAAGUUAUAUAAGAUGUUUAAGAUAGUCUAAGAUCAUAAUUCAAUUUUUAUUAAACUGAUGAUGUAGGAUAUUAAAGAUCAUAACUAUGUUUAUUAUUAAAAAGAAUAGAUUAAUAAUUCAGUUAUUUAAAUAUGAAAAAUUUGGUUGAAAUGAAUAUAAUAAAAUGGGUAAAUCAUAUAAAAUCAUUUACAGAUGAAUCUGAAAAUCUAAGUAAAGAACCCUUCAUAUAAAUUAAUAUUGUUAUAUAAUAAAUAGUUCGUAAGAAAACAGUAUUACAUAAAUAAUCUACAUUUGGAGAAGAAAGAUAUAUGAUUUUUGAACCAACUAGAUAAUAAAUUAUAUAGGCAUUAGUCAAUCCUAUAUAACUUAUAAAAGAUACUGUCUCAUAAGUUAAGAAAGUUGAAAAUGAUAUAAUGCCUUUAUUAGAUAUUGGUUAAGCAUUAUCUGUUCAAAUGGAAUAGAUUUCUCAUCAUUUUGAUUUUGCAACUGAAUAGAUUAUUACUUUUAUAGAUAAUGCUAUGAAAUUACCAAAUGUAAUUUUAGAUUAAUUUAAUGAAUUUUCUUAUUUAUAUACUAAGAGUUAAAGUCAUUUGAUGAAAAGAUUAUUUGGAGAUUCAAAGGAAAAACCUGCUAUUACAUAUAUAGAAUUGGACAAAAUUAAAGAAAAAUUAAAUUAUUAUUUAUAAACAAUUUUUAGUAUUGAAAGAUUAUGUAUAGAUGAAAAGAAUUUUUCAUUUUUUUAAGUAAAAACAAAAUAAGCAAAAUUAACUUUAAUUUAAAAAUCUCAAGAAAUUAUUAAUGGUAUAUUGAAUAGAUUAAGUGAAGUGUUAACUGAUAAUGUAUCAAGAAUUAGUAAAUUAUAUUAAGAUAUGUGUGAAAGAAUAUUGGAAGAACCUAAAGAGGAACAUGAGAUGGUUUAAUUAAAGAAUUUUAUAGCUGAAACUGAAGUAAAUUUAGCUAAAUUAGCAAAUGAAGUAAAUAUGUUAUUUUAAACAUUGGAUUUAUUACAUUAAUAUUAAUAUUAAUAUGAUAAUAAAGAAAUUGAAAAUUUAUGGUUUUUAAAACAAUGGCCAGCUGAAAUAAGAAUAGCUUUAGUUGAAGGAUAAAGGAAUGUUCAUUUAAAAGAGACAAAAUUCACAGAGAAAUUAGAUUAAGAGAAGGAAUUAUUCAUAAGAGAAUUGUUAGUAUUGGAGAAUUAAGUUGAAGAGAUUAAAUUUUAUGAAGAUUAUAGUUAAGUAAAAACAUAUGCAUAAAAUGUGAUGGGAUUAAAAGAGAAAAUAAAUAAUUAUUAAGAUAAGGUAAGAUCAUUUAAUGAUAGAGAAAAUUUAUUCAAAUAGCCUUUAAGUGAUUAUGAUGACUUGGUCAAAAUCAAAUAGGAUUUUGAGCCAUUUUAUAAAAUUUGGGAUUUAGCUAUAGAAUUUGAUAUAGAUAAACAAGAAUGGUAUUAAGGUUAAUUCAUGAAACUUUAGUACUCAUAAAUUGAAAGAAAAAUGAUAUAAUAUUAUUAAAAAGAAACUCUGAUAUUAUUAAAGUAUUUUUAGGAUCAAUCAAAUGAUAAGGCUUUGAGAUUAUUAAAUGAUUUAAAGAAGGAUUUGGAUAAAUUUAAGGAAGUAAUGUGGCUAAUUGAAUUUUUGAAUUGUGAGGCAAUAUAAAAGAAACCAAAAAUUUGGGAUGAAAUCUAUGCUAUAUGUGGAUAUGUUGGUGAUGAUAUUACUCUUAAUCAAUUAUUAGAACAUAAUUAUUUAUAAUUUAAGAUUUAGAUAGAAGAUAUAUCCAAGAAAGCUACUUAUUCAUAUGAUAUUGAGAAAAGAUUAAAUGCAGUAGUUGAUAAAUGUAAGGAAAUCAAAAUUGAAUUCAUUAAGAAUUCUAAUAUUAUGAAGAUUGAUGAAACCUAAAUAUUAUUAGAUGAAUAAUUAAAUACUAUUCUAUUAUUGAAAUAAAGUCCUUAUGUUGUAAUGGAUAAAGCUAUAGUAGUAGAAAGAAAGAUUAUUCUCAUUUAAGAUACUUUGGAAAAUUGGAGAACCACUUAAAAAGGAUAUAUUUACUUAUAACCUAUAUUUUAAUCAGAAGAUAUAAGAAAAAAAUUACCAUAAGAAAAAAAUAAAUUUGAUUUUAUUGAUAGGUUUUGGAAAUAGAUUACUGAAAACUUUUAAAAAGAUCCAUUAGUAUGGGAAAAUAUUGAAAAUGAAAGAUAUAAAUAAGAAAGCAAACAUUGUAAUGAUUUAUUAGAUUAUAUAUUGAAAGGACUUAGUAAUUACUUAGAAUAAAAAAGAAAGGUAUUUCCUAGAUUCUUUUUUUUAUCUGAUGAUGGACUCCUAGAAAUCUUAGCUUAAACUAAAGAUCCUUUACUUAUUAAUAGACAUAUUUAAAAAUGUUAUGAAGGAAUAUAUGAAUUACAAUUUGAUGAAAAUAAUGAAAAUAUUUUGAAUAUCAUAUCUCCAGAAAAAGAUAUUAUUAAUUUAUAUAAAUCAUGCAAUGUUAUUGAAAAUGAGAAAUAGGGUAAUGUUGAAAAAUGGUUGCAAGAAUUUGAUCAAAUUAUAAUAGAAACAAUUAAAAGAAUUAUGAAAGAAUGUGCAUAAGAUACUGAUAAAUAGUGGUAUUUAAAAUGGCCAUCAUAAUGUGUUUAAACAAUGACACAAGUUAAAUGGACUUCAUCUAUUGAAUAAGCAUUAAUUUCUUAAAUUUCUUUAGAGAAUGUAUUACAUUAAAUUAAAUAACAAAUUAAAAAUCUUGUUUAAAUUUUAUAAUAGAAAAAUCUAAAUAUCUAUUAAAGAAUCUAAAUUAGUUAAAUAAUAAUAUUAUUAGUUCAUAAUAGAACUUAAACUGAAAGUUUAUGUAAAAUUGAAUCCUUAAAAGAGACUGAUUUUAAUUGGUUAAUCAAUUUAAGAUUCUAUGAUGAAAAGAUUUUAAGAGUUUCAUUGUUAUCAUGUAAUAUUCAAUAUGGAUUUGAAUAUUAUGGUUUAACAUAAAGAUUAGUCAUUACACCAUUAACUGAUAGAUGUUAUAGAACACUUAUUAUGGCAUUUUAAAAUAAUUAUGGAGGUGCUCCUGAAGGUCCUGCAGGAACUGGUAAAACAGAAACAGUUAAAGAUUUAGCUAAAUGUUUAGGAAUUUAGUGUAUAGUUUUUAAUUGUUCAGAAGGCUUAAAUGUAAUGUCUAUGAGUAAAUUCUUUAAAGGAUUAAUAUGUUGUGGAGCUUGGUGUUGNAUUAAAUACUAUUCUAUUAUUGAAAUAAAGUCCUUAUGUUGUAAUGGAUAAAGCUAUAGUAGUAGAAAGAAAGAUUAUUCUCAUUUAAGAUACUUUGGAAAAUUGGAGAACCACUUAAAAAGGAUAUAUUUACUUAUAACCUAUAUUUUAAUCAGAAGAUAUAAGAAAAAAAUUACCAUAAGAAAAAAAUAAAUUUGAUUUUAUUGAUAGGUUUUGGAAAUAGAUUACUGAAAACUUUUAAAAAGAUCCAUUAGUAUGGGAAAAUAUUGAAAAUGAAAGAUAUAAAUAAGAAAGCAAACAUUGUAAUGAUUUAUUAGAUUAUAUAUUGAAAGGACUUAGUAAUUACUUAGAAUAAAAAAGAAAGGUAUUUCCUAGAUUCUUUUUUUUAUCUGAUGAUGGACUCCUAGAAAUCUUAGCUUAAACUAAAGAUCCUUUACUUAUUAAUAGACAUAUUUAAAAAUGUUAUGAAGGAAUAUAUGAAUUACAAUUUGAUGAAAAUAAUGAAAAUAUUUUGAAUAUCAUAUCUCCAGAAAAAGAUAUUAUUAAUUUAUAUAAAUCAUGCAAUGUUAUUGAAAAUGAGAAAUAGGGUAAUGUUGAAAAAUGGUUGCAAGAAUUUGAUCAAAUUAUAAUAGAAACAAUUAAAAGAAUUAUGAAAGAAUGUGCAUAAGAUACUGAUAAAUAGUGGUAUUUAAAAUGGCCAUCAUAAUGUGUUUAAACAAUGACACAAGUUAAAUGGACUUCAUCUAUUGAAUAAGCAUUAAUUUCUUAAAUUUCUUUAGAGAAUGUAUUACAUUAAAUUAAAUAACAAAUUAAAAAUCUUGUUUAAAUUUUAUAAUAGAAAAAUCUAAAUAUCUAUUAAAGAAUCUAAAUUAGUUAAAUAAUAAUAUUAUUAGUUCAUAAUAGAACUUAAACUGAAAGUUUAUGUAAAAUUGAAUCCUUAAAAGAGACUGAUUUUAAUUGGUUAAUCAAUUUAAGAUUCUAUGAUGAAAAGAUUUUAAGAGUUUCAUUGUUAUCAUGUAAUAUUCAAUAUGGAUUUGAAUAUUAUGGUUUAACAUAAAGAUUAGUCAUUACACCAUUAACUGAUAGAUGUUAUAGAACACUUAUUAUGGCAUUUUAAAAUAAUUAUGGAGGUGCUCCUGAAGGUCCUGCAGGAACUGGUAAAACAGAAACAGUUAAAGAUUUAGCUAAAUGUUUAGGAAUUUAGUGUAUAGUUUUUAAUUGUUCAGAAGGCUUAAAUGUAAUGUCUAUGAGUAAAUUCUUUAAAGGAUUAAUAUGUUGUGGAGCUUGGUGUUGUUUUGAUGAAUUUAAUAGAAUUGAUUUAGAAGUAUUAUCAGUAGUUGCUUAAUAAAUUAUUAUAAUUUAAUAAGGUAUAAAAGAAUAAAAAAAGAUGAUAUAUUUUGAAACAGAUGAAUACUUUUUAAAUAAAUCAUGCUAGAUUAAUAUUACAAUGAAUCCAGGUUAUGUAGGUAGAUAUGAGUUGCCAGAUAAUCUAAAAAUACUCUUUAGACCAUGUGCAAUGAUUUAACCAGAUUAUUAAUUGAUCACUGAAAUCUUUUUAUAUUCUAUUGGAUUCUAAUAGGCAAAUUAUUUAUCAAAUAAGAUUAUUAUAGCAUUACAAUUAUCAUAAGAAUAAUUAUCAACAUAAGAUCAUUAUGAUUUUGGGAUGAGAUCUUUGAAAUCUGUUUUAUUAACUAUUUCAUAAAUUGAUAAUGAAGAUGAAGAAAUUAAAUGUAUUUAAGCAUUAAUGAAUGUAAAUUUAGGAAAGUUAAUUAAUUAGGAUAUUUAAUUAUUCAAUUCAAUUAUUUAAGAUUUAUUCCCUAAUAGCAAUAUUGAAUAAUAAUAUAAUACAUAAGGUUUAUCUGAUGUUUGUUUAAAUUUAAAACUUGAAGCAAAUUCAGUUUUCAUUAAAAAAUGUAUUUAGAUGGAAUAAUUGAUGGAUGUUAGACAUGGUAUAAUGAUAAUUGGAGAAACAAUGUGUGGAAAAUCAUAAUUAAUUAAUGUGUUAGCAUAUAAACAUAAUUAUAUAGUACAUAAGAUAAAUCCUAAGGCUCUAUAAAUUGAUUAAUUAUUUGGUAAAUUGGAUAGAAACACAAAAUAAUUUUAUGAUGGAGUUAUACCCAUAAUAUUUAGAUAAUAGAUUAAUUAACUUAUAGUUUUUGAUGGACCAGUUGAUACAUAAUGGGUAGAGAAUUUAAAUACAGUUUUGGAUGAUAAUAAAAAAUUAUGUUUAACAUCUGGAGAAAUUAUUAGAUUAUAUGAUAGGACAUAAAUUAUAUUUGAAACAUCUGAUUUAUAAUAAGCAUCUCCAGCAACAGUUACUAGAUGUGGAAUGUUAUUUAUGGAAUAAUUAUAAUGGAGAGUAAUUUUGGAUAAUUAAAAUUUUAAUGAUACUAUGUAAAAAAAAGCAUUAUGGUUAUUUGAUUGUACAUUAGGUUUUUUGUAAGGUAAAUAUUAUGUAUCAUGUACAAAUGCCUAAUUAGUUUAAUAAUCUUUAAAGAUGAUGAAAACAUUUAAUUAUAGAAAUGAAGAUUAACAAAUAAAUGUAUUAUUAUUUUGUAUUUUAUGGGUUAUUGGAGGAAUAUGUGAUGAAAAUCAAAGAAAGACUUUUAAUUCUAUGAUUAUGAAAUUGAUUACAGCCUCAAAUGAUGUAAUCUAAUAAUUCUCUAUUAAAAAUCAAUAUUAAUAUGAACCUUAGGCAUUACAUUUAAGAUUUAUGGAACCUGUUAAUAAACCAAAUUUAUAUGAUUUCUAUUUUGAUAUCAAUAAAAAUUGUUGGCUCUUUUGGAAUGUAGAUUCUCAAUAAUCAUAAAUUAAUUAAUCAAAAUCAUUUGAUAAUCUUUAUAUAAAAUGUAUAGACACAAUAAAAACUUAAUUUUGGAUUAAUUAAAGUCUUUAAUAAAAAAUUAAUUUAAUUUUGAUUGGAUAAACUGGAUCUGGUAAGACAAUCUAAAUUUAAUAGACAAGAUAAUAUUUUUAGAACCAUGCUUAAUUAUAAUUGACAUUUAGUGGAUAAACAUAAAUCAAUUAUAUAUAAUAAUUGAUUGAAAAUAAGAUUAGUUAAAGAAGAUGUAAAGGACAUUAUGGUCCUGAAGAAAAUAAAGCAGUUUGCUCAGUUUUUAUUGACGAUUUAUCUAUGAAUGAAUAACCAAAUGAAUUAAUUAGAUAGCAUAUUGAUACAAAUGGAUGGUAUGAUAUAGAGACAAAAGAAUUCAAACAUCUUGAAGAUACUAUGUAUAUUUGUGCCACUUAAAAAUAAGUUAAUUAAAGAUUUAUGAGACAUUUCAUGUUAUUAUAUGUACCAUAAUAUUCUCAUGAAUCUUUAAUAAAAAUAUUUAAUUCAUUAAAUUAAUGGAUAUUAAAUUAAUGGGGUUAAAAACAAUUAGUAAAUAAUGCAAUAAUAAAAAUGAGUAAUCUUAUUGUUAAUAGUACAAUAAGAUUAUUUAAUAUUGUUAAAUAAGAAUAUUUAGCAACACCUUCUAAAUGCCAUUACAUUUUUAAUUUAAGAGAUGUUUAGAAAGUUUUUAAAGGAAUAUAUUUAGGAGAUAUAAGGACAAUAUAAAAAGAUAGAGAUUUAGUUAAUUUAUGGUAAAACGAAUGUCAAAGAGUAUUUUCAGAUAGGAUGAUAGAGAAUGAAAAAUUCAAUCAAAUACUAUUAGAUUUAAUAUAAUAAAAUAUGAAAAAAAAUUAUGAAAUUAAGUAAUUAUAUUAUACAAAUAUUAUUCCAAUUACAAUUGAAAAUUAGAAUUAUUCAAAAAUUUACACAAGUGUUGAUCAAUAAGUUUUAAGAGAAUAUUUGAAUUCUAAACUUGAUGAAUAUUAAAAGUUAAUUUAAGAUAAUAACAUAGUCUUAUUUGAAUAUGCUAUAAAUCAUAUAGUUAGAAUUAUUAGAGGAUUAGAAUUUGGAAAUAUGUUAUUAAUAGGAUUAACUGGUAGUGGUAGAUAAUCUCUUUCAAAUUUGAGUUCAUAUAUAUUAUAUGGUAAAGAAAUGAAUAAUUAUACAAAUGAUAAAGAUGAAUUAUAAUCUAUUAUAAGAUAAGCAGGAUUAGAAUUAAAAAAUACAAUAAUUUAUGUUAAUUGCAAUUAAAUAAAUGAUUUUAAUUUAGAAUAAAUCUGUAAUCUUAUUAAUUUUGGUGAAAUGUAGAAUUUAUAUACAACAGAAGAUAAAAUGAAAUUAAUAGAAGAUUUAAAUGAAUAUCAUAUGAAUUAUCCUUAAUUUGUUAAAUAAACACAUCAAAAUCUACACUUUAUUUUAAGUAUAAAUCCAAAUGGUGAAUAAUUUAGAAAUAGGAUUCGAUUAUUUCCUACUUUAAUUAAUAAUACAACUAUUGAUUGGUUUGCGGAAUGGCCAUAAGAAGCAUUAAUAGAAACAUAAGAAUAAUAUGACAUAGAUGUAUUAAAUGUAUUUAGUAUUAUAAAGAAGGAAAGUUAAUAAUAUUGUAAACAAAUAAAAAAUCAAUAACCAUAUCUUUAAAUUUAUUAACCUUAUUUUUUAGAAUUCUUAAAACAAUAUAAAGUUUUAUAUUCAUAAAAAUAGAAAGAAACAGAUAAAUUUAUAUAAAGAUAUACACAUGGUGUUGAUAAGAUUUUAUAAACAGAAUCAGAUGUUACAUUAAUGAAAGCAACUUUAUAAGAAUUACAUCCAAAAUUACAUAAAUUAACUCUUGAAAAUUCUCAUUUACUUAUUAAUCUCUAAAAAAAACAGAAAGAAGCAGAUUUAAAGAAAUAGUAAUGUGAAUAAGAAGAAUAUGAAUGUACUUAAGAAAAAUUAAAAGCUGAUUAAUUAAAAUAAGAAUGUUAAGAUGAAUUAGAUAAAGUUUUACCAAUAUUGGCUGCAGCUACAUCCGCAUUAGAGAAAAUCACAAAUGAAGAUAUGAUUUAAUUGAAAUCUUUCUAGAAACCACCUUUAGCAGUCUCAUUAGUAAUGGAAGGAAUGUGUUAUAUAUUUGAUGAAUAAGUAAAGUGGAAACAAAAGGAACCUGGAUCUUAAGAAAAAGUAUAAGAUUUUUGGGAACAUGCAAAGAAAAAUUUACUUAAUGAUAAAUUAAUUAAAAGAGUCAGAGAUUUCAAAGAGGAAUAAAUAAAAGCCAUAACUCCUGCUAGAAUUUAAAAAAUAAAGGGACUUCAAUUUGAUGAUAAAGUAUUUAAUGCUUCCAAAGCUGCAGGAAAUUUAAGUUUAUGGAUUAAAGCUGUUGUUGAUACAUUUGAAGCAUAUUUAAUUGUUGAUCCUAAAUAAAUUCUAUUAAAAAAUGCUAUUUAGUAAUUAUAAAUUACUGAAAUAGCAUUAAAGGAAAAGAUAGAUGCUUUGAAAGAAAUCUUAAGAUUUUUAAAUGUACUACAAAAUGAUUACAAUUAAGCUAAAUUAGAAAAAGAUUAAUUAUAAGAAGAUGUUAAUAAAUGUUAAAUAUAACUUGAAAGAGCAGAAAAAUUAAUUAGUGGAUUAAUUUAAGAAAAAGAUAGUUGGAGACAAAAAGCAAAUCAAUAUAAAUCAAAUAAAUAAUUUUUAUAAGGUGAUUGUAUAUUAUCUAGUGCAAUUAUUACAUUUUUUGGACCAUUUCCACUUGGAUUUAGAGAAUCAAUUUUAGAAUAACUAAAAAUUGAAUUAUAGAAUAUAACAUUUAGUUCCAAUUUUUCAUUAUUAAAUACUUUAUGUAAUCAAAUAAUAGUUGGAUAAUGGAUUAAUUAAAUGAAAUUACCUAAUGAUUAAACAUCUAUUGAUAAUGCUAUAAUCAUUUAAAAUUCAACUAAAUGGGUUUUAUUAAUUGAUCCUUAAAAUUAAGGAUAUUAAUGGUUAUUAAUGUGGAAUGAAAAAUUGAAUUCUAAAUUUAAUUUUGAAAAUUGUAUGUAGAUUGGUCAUCCAGUAUUAUUGUAAGAACCUGAUGAAAGUUAAAUUCCAUUCCCUUGUGGUACUUAUGCAAAAUUAAAUGAUAAAAAGAUUGAAAUGCAUCCAGAUUUUAGGCUUUUUAUAUAGAGUAAGAAUCCCUUAUACAGUCCAGAAAUUUCUAUUCACUUGAAAUAUAUUAAUUUUGAAGUAACUUAAGAAGGAUUGGAAGAUUUCUUAUUAAAUUAUAUUGUAAGUGUGGAAGAACCUUAAAAAGAAGAAAUUAGAUAAAAGAAUAUAAGAGAUUAUUAUGAAAAUAAAAAUAAAUAAUAAUAAACAGAGGAUUCAAUACUAAAAUUAUUACAUGGAACACAUGGUAAUAUUUUGGAAGAUGAAACUUUGAUUCUAACUUUAUAGAAAUCAAAAAAUGAAUAAAUAGAAAUAGAAGAUAAAUUAAAAAAAGCAGAAAAUGACAAAGAAACUUUUUAAAAGAUAUCUAAUUAAUACAAGAAUAUUACAAAAAAGAUUUCUAUUAUAUAUUUAGUUAUUAGAGAUUUAUAGAAAUUGGAAUUUGUUUAUGUUUGGUCUUUAGAAAAAAUAAUUCAACUUUUUGAUUAAUCAAUUAAAGCUUUUAAAUCUGUUUCUUAAAAUUAAUAAUUAGAGAAAAAUAAAUUUAUAUUUCAACAUUUUACAAAAUUACUUUAUACUUUUAUAUGUUAAUCACUCUUAGAAAAAGAUAAACUUACAUUUACUACUAUGUUAUUCCUUAAAAUCUUAUUAAUUGAAAAUAUUAUUACUCAAGAGGAGAUUAAUUUCUUACUUAAUUAACAUACUAAUUACACUUUAAUUUAAAGUUCUACUUCAUGUCCUGAAUAUCUUACAUAAUAAUAAUGGAAUUAAUUAAAUGAUUAUGCCUUUUAAUUUAAAAAUGAUUAAAUAGUUCAAAAAUUAACUACUCAUUAUUUUGAAUUUGUAAAUAAUAAUUAUGAUUUAGAUCUUAAACCAUUUCAUUUAUUAAUAAUAACUAAAAUAAUUAAACCAUAUUAAUUCAUAUUUUAACUACAUUAAACUAUUGAAUUUUAUAUUGGAUAACAUUUUACAAUUAUUCCAUAAUUUAAUAUUUAACCUUUAUAAAUUUAACCAAAUACUCCUAUAUUAUUUAUUUUAUCUUCUGGAUCAGAUCCAUUAAAUUUUAUUUUAAGAGAAGCUGGAUCAGAAAAAAUCAAAUUGUAAACGUUAUCAUUAGGAUAAGGAUAAAAUUAAAUAGCUGAAAUAGGAAUCUAAAAAGCAAUUGAAGAAAAUUAAUGGAUUAUUUUAUAAAAUUUACAUUUAGCGAAAAGUUUUAUAAAAUAAAUUGAAUAAAUAUAUGAAAAUUAAUUAUAAUAAGUAUAAAAGGAUUCAAAAUUUAGAUUAUUUUUAACAACAAAUCCAAUUGAUACAUUUUCAAUUAAAUUAUUAUAGAAAUGUGAAAAAUUUACAUUUGAAUAUCCAAAAGGAUAUAAAAAUAAUUUAUUAAGAAUAUAUUCAUCAAUUGAAGAAAAGAAAUUUAAUGAAAAACCAUUAUAAUUUAAAUGUUAACUAUUUGGUUUAGCUUAAUUUCAUGCAAUAGUAUUAGAAAGAAGAAAGUUUGGAAAUAUAGGAUGGAAUUGUUAUUAUGAUUUUUCUUAAGCUGAUUUAGAAAUAUCAUAAAAGUAAUUAUUAGAUUAUGAUACAGAAGGAUUGAAAUAUUUGAUAAGUGAAUUGAAUUAUGGAGGAAGAGUAAUUGAUAAUAAUGAUAGAUUAUUACUAAAAAUAUUGUUAGAUAAAUAUUUAACUGUUGAAGAUUCUGAAUAUCCAAUGAUGUUAAAUGAUUAUCUAGAUUAGAUUAAUUUAUUAUCAUAUUAAGAUGAUAAUCAAUUAUUUGGUUUACACUUAAAUGCUUAAAUAAAUUAAAAGAUAAAUGAAACAAAUGAAUUAAAUGGAAAGUUAUGCAAUAUUAGUAGUGUAUUGAAUAUAAAUGAUUAAGAAGAAUAACUUAAAUUAUUGAUUUCUUCUAUUUCUUUAAAUGUUCUAUAAUAUGAUAAUUUAGAACAUCAAUAUACUACUCCUUUAAAUACAAUAUUGAUAUAAGAAUGUUCUAGAUUUAAUAAAUUAAUAAUUCAAAUAAAAAAUGAUUUAGAUUUUAUUUUAAAAUCACUUGAUGGAUUAGAAGUUAUGAAUUAAGAAAUGGAACAAAUAUGUUAUCAUCUUUUAUCAGGAGUAAUUCCAUCUAGUUGGUUAUUAAAAUCUUAUUUAACAACUAGUAAUCUAAUUAAUUUUGUUUAAAAUUUAUAAGAAAGAAUAAAAUAUUUUUAGAAAUGGAUUGAUAAUGGAAUUCCAGAAUUAGUAAAUAUUUCUUAUUUUUUCUAUCCUUAAACAUUUUUAACAGGUGUUAAAUAAGAUUAUGCAAGAAAGAAUUCUAUUCCAGUAGAUACCUUGAAUUUUGAAUUCAAAAUUUGUAAUCAUAAUUUUGAAGGUUAUCUAAUUGAAGGAUUAUUAUUUGAUUAAUGUUAAUGGGAUGAAGAUUAACAAAAUAUUGUUGAACCAUAAAUAAAUGUAUUAUAUUCAUAAGUUCCUCUUAUAUCCAUCAACCUAACCACUCAAUUAUAAUAAUAUCAAGAAUAUUUACAAAUUCCAGUUUAUAGUACUAAAAGUAGAAAUAAAAAGAUAAUGGAUAUCCCAUUAAAAACUAAUGAAUCACCAGAAUUUUGGAUUAUUAGAGGAGUAGCCAUUAUUUGUUCAAACUGA